AUGGGUUCUGAAAAUUGGAUGAAAAGUGUACAUGAUCAAAAACAACCUCUCUUUUCGUUCGGAUUGAUAUCCGAUGUGCAAUAUAGUGAUAUUCCUGAUGGUCGUUCGUUCCUCGGCGUUCCGCGAUACUAUAGGCAUAGCAUUCUUGUGUUACAGAGAGCAGUUCAGAGUUGGAAUAAUCAUCAUAGACAUAAAUUUGUGAUAAACUGUGGAGAUAUUGUUGACGGGUUUUGUCCGAAAGAUCAAUCUUUUAAUACUGUCAAGAAAAUUGCAGACGAAUUUGAAAAAUUCGAAGGACGGGUACAUCAUUUAAUUGGAAAUCACUGUCUAUACAAUCUACCUCGCAACAAGUUACUUCCGUUGUUGAAGAUUCGGAGUCUUGAAGGCCAUGGUUACUACGAUUUUUCGCCUGUGCCUGAGUAUAGAUUUGUUUUUCUCGAUGGAUAUGAUAUAAGUGCGGUCGGUUGGCCUCGUGAUCAUCCGAGAACAUUGGAAGCUGUGAAGUUACUUAGAGAGAAGAAUCCUAAUGAAGAUAAGAAUAGUCCAACGGGAUUAGUUGGACUUGAAAGAAGGUUUCUUAUGUUCAAUGGAGGCGUUGGAAAGGAACAAAUGGAAUGGUUGAACAAUGUUCUUCAAGACGCAACAAAAUCGAAACAAAAAGUCGUGGUUUGUUGUCAUAUGCCUCUAGAUCCUGUCGCAUCGUCUAAGGAAGCAUUGCUGUGGAAUUACGAUGAAGUGAUGAGUUUGAUACAUAGAUAUAGUUGUGUGAAGGUUUGUUUUUCUGGUCAUGAUCAUAAAGGUGGAUACUCCAUCGAUUCGCACGGUAUACAUCAUAGAAUUCUUGAAGCUGCAUUGGAAUGUCCUCCUGGUAGAGAUGCAUUUGGAUAUGUUGAAGCUUAUCAUGACAGAAUAUCACUUUAUGGUACUGACAGAAUGCCAAGUACAAAUAUGUAUUUUAAUAAUGCUUAG